AUGUCUAGAGUUAAAGAUUUAUUACAAGUAUUGAGUGGAGGAAAAAAUGUAUUGUCAUCGAUGAUCAAUAAUAGUCAUAGACCACCAACUUAUAUACCACGUUCAUAUCCAACCAAUACAGAUCAUACUCAAAAAAUAGAGUCAUCAACAAAAUCAAAACUUAUAAAUGAUUUUGAUAUUGAUGUUAUAAUUAAACAACAAAAACAACAGCAACUAGAGCAACAACAACAACAACAACAACAAAUAAAUAAUGAACAUCAUCAGUUCUUGGAUUUAAAGAAUCCUGAAAUCAAAUAUUUAGAGAAUGAAGGAAAAUCAUUACCUUCAAGUCAAUCAACAAGAUUCUGGCAUUUCACAAAGUUGGCAGUUGGAAUGGGUGCAGGAUUGGUCAGUGAAUUUACAAAAAGAAAGGUUAGUGGUGAUGAAAGUAGUACUCAUCCUUUGUUUAGUGAUUCAAAUGCAAGCAGAUUAGCAGAAACAUUCUCGAGAAUGAGAGGAACUGCUUUAAAGAUUGGUCAAGUCUUAUCAAUUCAAGACGAUUCAGUAUUACCACCCAAUUUUGUAAAACUAUUAGAAAAUGUUAGAAAGAAUGCUAAUCCAAUGCCAAUCAAUCAAUUACAUGAAACAUUAGAAAAAGAAUUGGGCAAAGAAUGGAGAACGUUGUUUAGAGAGUUUGAAGAGAAACCGAUUGCUGCUGCUUCAAUUGGUCAGGUACAUCGUGCAGUAACUCUUGAUGGUGUAAAGGUAGCUGUUAAGGUUCAGUAUCCAGGUGUUUCAGAUAGUAUCACGAGUGAUAUCAAUACGCUGAUGUCAAUGUUGAAAUUGGUUGCACCAGACACAGCAUAUCUCGAGAGUUCAUUGGGAUCGGCACGUGAUGAACUAAUGAAAGAAACCGACUAUCUUAACGAAGCUGACAAUCAAAUGAAGAUGAAACAUCUCAUUGAAAGCAGUUCGAGUUCACAUUUGAAACAUUUCUACGUGCCAUCAAUCAUAACCAAUCUGACAACCAAACGAAUACUUACAAGUGAAUUUGUAGAGGGAGUAUCGAUAGAUCAAAUCAACACAGAACAACACAAUCAGAAGACAAGAGAUUGGGUAUCAAAGAACAUCUUGUCACUAUGUCUGGCAGAGUUGUUUGAAUUUUCAUACAUGCAAGUCGAUCCCAAUUGGUCCAAUUUCAUUUUAGAUUUCGAAAACAAACGAUGUAUAGAAGGUGGAGUCGAAGCAGACAAAGAAAAGAUUUUAGACUAUUCGUUCAAAGUUGGAUAUUUCACUGGUCAUGAAAAUGUUAUGAUGAAAGAUGCACAGGCCAAAGCAGUUACAAUUUUAGCAGAACCAUUUGCAGCCAAGGAAUCCUAUAACUUUUUGGAGAAACAGAUUUCCGCUCGUAUCACUGAAUUGAUUCCCAUUAUGUUGAAGAACCGUUUGAAACCACCACCCGAAGAAACUUAUUCUCUCCACAGAAAACUAAGUGGUUGUUUCUUAAUUUGUUCAAAACUACAAGCCAAUAUCGAAUGUCAUUCAGUUUGGAAACAUUAUCAACAAUUAUUCCUUGAAAAGAAUAAAGAUUUUAAACCAUAA